GUGCCACAAGGACAGGAGUGUGGAACCUUCUGCCCGCGGCUCUGGCUGCAGCCCGGGGACAAAAGGGGGGUGUGCGCCCGGGUGCAGCCGCUGUUCAGGGUCCGGACGCUCCCGUUGCCUGGCAACGCCCCAAACAACAACAGCAACAGCAACAACACAAAAUGGCCAAGUUCGUGGUGGCAGGUAAAGCAAACUGCAGUUAUUAUGCCAAGGCAGAACUAUUGGCAGAUUAUCUUCAGAAAAACUUGCCAGAUUUCCACGUCUUUAAAAUUGUCCAAUCACCUGACAAUUGGCAGUCAUGGCUUCAAGCAUUAUGUAAAAAAAAUGGCUGGGUGCAUCAAAAAUCCCCGAUAAUAUGGCGAGAACUUGUGGACCGUGGAGGAAAGGGAUUACUGUUGGGCGGAUUCAAUGACUUUAUGGAGUAUGCACAGGGUUAUUAUGGCUUUACUUCUGAUAUGAUGACUACACUCAUGCUCAAGAUUGCAAAGGAGAACAUGAAGACUAAUGAAAAAGAGCAGGAAGAAGAAGCAAUUCACAGGAUUCAGAAAAAAGCAAUGGCAAUCUGGAUUAGCGGAGCAUUGUGUCCAGCGUGUACUAAUCUGAUCCCUACCUUGCUAAAUGGAGAGGUGUUUGGUCACAGCAAAGAGGUCAGCAUACAUCUGCUGCACAUUGAUGGGUCUCUGACCAUUUUACAAGGCUUACAAAUGGAGAUUGAAGACAUGGCCUGGCCUCUAGUUCACAAAGUAACGGUGCAAAAUAGCCUGAGAAAGGCUUUCAUGGAUGCCGAGGUCAUCAUUCUUCUUGACGAUCUUAUGCCAGAGAAGGGUCAAUCAAUUGAAGACUGUUACAGAGAAAUGGGCGGUGUCUACCAAGAAAUUGCAAUUAAGAUUGACACCUUUGCAAAACCCAAUGUCCGUGUGAUUGUGGCUGGUAAUUAUAUCUUGAAUUUGAAAACAUACCUCCUUAUGGAUAGUGCGUACGCUAUUGAUCACUGUAACUUUGUAGCAGUGUCAACUCAGUUGGAAGGAGAAGUUAAAGCACUGCUAGCCAGGAAGUUGAAUGUGAGUCCACUUGAUGUGAAAGAUGUGAUUGUGUGGGGAAAUAUUGGCAGAAGUACGUAUAUUGAUCUGCAUAAAGCACGGGUUCAUCAAUAUGAAAGUGCCAUCUGGGGUCCACCUGAGUUCUCACGUCCUGUGUUGGAGAUGCUGCGUAAUAAAAAUUGGAUCGAAGAGGAAUUUGUGGAAGAAUUGCAUGCGCAUCGACCAAAAAUUCAAGCAGCAUUGAAACACAGUCUGGGCCUCUCCAUUGCCGUUGCGAUACAGAAAGUCUUGAAUUGGUGGUAUCAUGACUCACCACCAGGGGAGUUUAUAUCUCUUGGAGUUGUCAGUCAAGGUGAUUUUGGCAUUCCAUCAGGCAUCGUCUUCUCUGUGCCAGUUCGAUUCUGUGGUGGAAAGUGGGUGAUUCAGUCACAGAUUGAGAUCAGUGAGGAGACAAAAGACAAACUGAAGGACAUUGUUCAAGAACUGAAGAAGGAGUUCAAUUUUAAUUUCUCUGAUGAGAAGGAGACUAAGGUAGAAUUUAGUUUCUUACCUGGUCUAGAUCAAGCAUUUCAGACAAGAAACACUGAUGGAGCAGUCUCUUUUUAAAAGGAGGAUUCAGUUCUUGUGGAAGAACAGCAACAGACAGACUUGUUCAAAGAAACUCAAGAGCAGUGGCCCAGCUGAAGUCUUCCUACGGUCAUGUGUUGGCUUGGCUACAGAUAGUUACUUUCAGACAAGGGCAGUGGCCUUUGGAACUUCCCAUUGGCAUUGAUCAUGGCUGGUGAAAUGCGCAGGGCAGCACAAGUUGCUGUAAAGUGGAGAUGGGGAAGGGCUGUCAAGCUGGAGACUAUAUUCACAGAAGGACUUCAGAAAGCAGAUCUAUGGAGAGGAAAUUGCAGAAAUGCUGCUAUGCCCAAGAAGCCCCUUUGCACACUGAACCGCGAUGGCAAAAGUUUGAAUUUCCACAAAAGCAAUCUUAGAUUUCAUGGCAGCACGCAGACAUUGGGCUGUAAUGGAAGCUGAGACAUCAUGGUUGACUCCACAGGCCUGUUGUUGGAGAUGGCUGCCAUUUCCACAUCGAAAAGGAAGGGUUCCAAGAUCUGUAUACAGCCCAUCCAAAGCCAUAUUUGUGCUUAGAUCUUUCCAUGCUCAUUUAUCUUCAAACCAGAUUUUCUGAUAGACUUUUCAGUGCACUAAGUGUACAUACCCAUCAAUCUCUGUAGCCUGGUUCUUUGACACAAUCACCUGAAUCCUCUAAUGUGUAAACUCACCCACCAGUGAGCUGGUAUCUGUGCUAUCUUUCCCCCAUCUCCAGCCUCAUUCCUCCAUUUUUGUAUACAAAAUAUAACUUAGUGUAGAUCUCACCUCUAUACAAGCCUCUUAAACUACCUGCAAUAUUAGUCUCUGAAUUAGUGACUACUAUUCUGAAAUUAAGUGACAGUCUGUCUUUACCUUGCUCCUCUCUUGCUGUUCCCACUCGGGUUGCAGUUCUUGGGUAAUUAAAAUGAAAUGGGGCGAAUGUUGGUCAUGGUGACGGGUCAGAAAAUAAAUUAGGAAGUGCAUACUUAUACUAACUGCAAUGUAUAAGCAUGAGAAGGAUUAGAGAUAAGGGAGAAGGGGUAGAGAAUGGGUUUGUAUAACUAUGAGGAUAUCAUCACCUUCAACAGAUUCCUUUUGUAAGAGGAUGUGAGACUGGGGUUCUCUGUUUCAAAAUAAGAGAGCACACAUUUAAGGCAGGGACAAAGAUAAUUUUUUUCCUCACAGAGGGUCAAGAGUCAAAAGGUGAUGAAAGCAAUAUCCUUGAAUAUUUUUAAGGCAGAGGUAGGUGGAUAGAUUUGGUAACCAAAAGGGUGAGCUGUUAUCGGGGUGGGUGGGAAUGUGGAUUAAUCAGCUCAACCAUGAUCUGAUUGACGGACAGAACAGGCCUAAGGAGCUGAGUGGCCUAUUCCUCUUCCUAAUGUUUAUGUCUGUAUCCAGCAAUGCUAACAGCUUCAGUUCAUUGAUGUUCCUUCUUAUACAGUCCACUAUUGUCUCUCCUCCGUAACAUUCCUGUCCCCCUCCCAUCAUCUCCUGAUUGUGUAUCACUUUUUCCAUCAAAGAAGAGGGAAGCAGGUCAGUGUAUGGUUUAUUUGGGUGAUGGGCCUAUCAUGACAGGUGGCUUGCAGCAGUGCGAAAUCUGAGGCUGUGUUUAAGCGUAUAGAUGUUAAUUAUGAAUCCUAUUUAUUGAUUGAGUUUGUUGGAAAGUGAAUGCUGGGGUGUAGGAAUUGAGCAGCUGCUGAGAGCCAGUCUCCACUGGUGGUCAAACGAUCCAGACAAGCUAUGAGGCCUUCUCUGUUUAGUUGGCCACUGCUGCAACUACAGGUCCCUUAGCUACGCACAGCAGUGGCUGAGGCGGGCAUGGUUGAACACGUAAACAUAAAAGGUUGAAGAGAGAGCACCCUCUCUCACCCUUACGCACAAUGGAAGACUGCUGCUUCUUCUUUGCUGAAUGGCCUCCUCCUGGCAAGUUGCAGUCUAUUUUCGAAUAGUGCAGAACAUGGACAAGGUUAUAAACUGGAAGAACAUACCCCACCAAAAAUGGGAAUAGAGUCAUGGAUUCACAGAGAUGUAUAGCACAGAAACACCUUUUGGUCCAACUUGUCCAUGCCUACCAAAUAUCCUAAAUU